UAUAUACAAUAUUUAAAAGGGCGUAGACAUUUCCAUGGCCUGCUAACAGCUUCUUCGAUCUUUUCUUUUUGUCCAUCUUAAUUCCAAUGCCUUUCCUUCAACGGUAUGGACUUUGGGUUUUUUUCUUCUGCUAUUAUAUUCUUUCUUCGACCCCUUAAAUGGGUUAUCAUUUUCGUUAACAAUUAGUAUUCUUCUUCUUCUUUUUCUUCCUUAUGAUUUGACAAUUCUUUCUUCUCAUCUGAUCAUCGGUCAUGGGGAUUUGUUGGCCUAAACCUGCAAAAUGCGCUCAUGCUUCUUCUAAUAACUUUUCAGGUAGUGCAAAGACUCAUGGUAACACAAAGCAGGAAUCAACUUCUUCCGCCCAGAAAUCACCUCUGGAAGUUUCCAACAAUGAAUUCAUAGCAUCGAAACCUCAAACACCUGUUUCCAGCAAUCUCAAAGCUGAUACAUCUGUUUCUAGCAAUCUCAAGUCUUUUAGUUUUAGUGACCUUAAAAAUGCCACCAAAAACUUCCGUUCAGAAACACUUCUCGGAGAGGGAGGGUUUGGAUGUGUUUUUAAAGGUUGGAUUGAUGAGAACACUUUUGCUCCUACCAAGCCUGGAACUGGAAUUGUUGUAGCUAUCAAAAAACUCAAGGCAGAAAGCUUUCAAGGCCACAAGGAAUGGCUUGCAGAAGUUAACUAUUUGGGUCAGCUUCACCAUGAAAAUCUUGUGAAACUCAUUGGUUAUUGCGCUGAGUAUGAGAAUAGACUUUUAGUUUAUGAGUUUAUGCCAAAGGGAAGUUUAGAGAAUCAUUUAUUUAAAAAAGGUGUUCAACCAAUUUCCUGGGCUACACGGACGCAAAUUGCAAGGGGUGUUGCUCAGGGAUUGUCCUUUUUACAUAGUUUAGAUGCUAAUGUAAUCUACCGUGAUUUAAAGGCUUCGAACAUUCUUCUCGACUCAGAUUACAAUGCAAAGCUUUCAGAUUUUGGCUUGGCAAGAGAUGGUCCAACUGGUGAUAACACCCAUGUUUCAACCAGAGUUGUUGGAACUCGAGGUUAUGCAGCCCCUGAAUAUGUAGCAACAGGUCAUUUGACCCCAAAGAGCGAUGUGUACAGCUUUGGUGUUGUACUAUUAGAGUUACUUUCGGGACAACGGGCAAUGGAUGAUGAGAGAGUUGGGUUUUCGGAAGAAACACUCGUGGACUGGGCGAAACCAUUCCUAAGUGACAACAGGAAAGUACUAAGGAUAAUGGACACAAGGUUGGGGGGGCAGUACUCUAGAAAAGGAGCACAAGCUGCCGCUGCUCUUGCGUUGCAAUGCUUACAUACGGAUCCUAAGAACAGGCCAUCCAUGGCUGAUGUUCUAGUCUCGUUAGAACGACUCCAUGCAUCAAAGGGUACACCAAGGACGCCCCAACAUUCACAAGCAAAGCUGGAUCAUCAUGGGAUGAAGCAUGUGAAUAGCCCUCACAAGACAAGAGUUUCAACUGCAAAUUCACUUUGAAAAUAUAGUUUUUCUCAAGGCAAAUUCACUUACGGUAAGCAGGAAUUUUCUCCAACUAUCGUUCGGGGCCUUGUAUGCAAGAACGAAACAAAUGGAAGAGACACAGUAUACCCGAGUUUGCGAGAGUGUUGUUGAAUAUGUGUAUAAUUAUUAUUAUAACAUUAAAAUCCUUAUGUACAUUAGCCAUCCGUUUUUCUUGUAUCAAUCUUAAUAGAAAAGUUUUGAUCACUAGGAAAUCUUGCUCCUGCUAAGAAACCAAAUUUUGUUUUAGAGCCUAUGUUAAUCAAAGUUUGAGCUUUCUGAUUUUAACAAGGUAUCCAAAGCUUUUCCGCUAAUUUGUUAUUCUCAAUUUUUGAAAGGAGAAAAUUGCUUGAAAAAACGAUUCAGUCUAAAAGAUGUUAUAUUUUAUAAUUGAAGUUAUGGAUCGAAUUUAAAAAAUUAAAAAUUUAAUACUCUAAUGACAUAUUGUUAUCAAAUGAUUGUUGAAAUUAGUUGCUUAACAUUUCAUACUUAAAUUAGUAAGACAAUAAUCUUGUAAAAUUUUCGCCUGUGAGAUUUUGU